AUGGACAAGCUGAUGAAGAGACCCACCAUAGAUGGCCAGACAUUCUAUGUGGACACACUCACCGACCUCGCACAGGAAGUUUUUUACGAGAUACAUCCCAUUGAUCCUUUGGAAAGGACUUUGGUGAACUCUGUGGUUGAAGAAGGGCAAUUUGAUGAGGUUGCUAAGGGGUAUGCAAGGAUGAUGGAUGCUAGUAAGAAAGUGAUGUCGUUAGUUGCUAAUGUGAAACGACUGUGA